CUAACCUAAGGUAUGUGUAUCAAGUCUCCUAAUACUUCCUUGCAGUCAGAGAGGUGGUCAGCUUAAAAGCACAGUGAGGAGCUUCAAGAGCUGGCUGGCAAAGGUUACCUACAUGCAGGAAUGCAAGGGCCAUCACUCCUUCCAGGACUCUGUUUCCUGCUGAGUUUGUCAGAAGUCAUGGCUCGGAUGACCAAAGCAGCUACCUGUCCACAGUGCCCCCAACACGCUCACUGUGUCCACGGCACUUACUGUACCUGCGACUCUGGAUACGCUUCCGACUCUGGGAAGAAAUUCUUCACAUUCCCCCUUGAGACAUGCAAUGACAUUGAUGAAUGUAAACCACCCAUUAGCGUAUAUUGUGGACUUAACGCUGCAUGCCAGAAUGUCGAAGGAAGUUUCCACUGCCACUGUAAUCCUGGGUACAAACUCCUCUCUGGGGACACACAAUUCAAGAAUUCCAAUGAGAACACUUGUCAAAAAACCACUUCCUCAAAGACGACCAGAGACACGGAAGAGCUGCAACGUGUUGUUGAGAAAUUCGAGUCACUUCUCACUAAUGACACUCCAUGGGCAAUGGGAGAGAAGAGAGAAGUCGCAUCGUGGGCCACAACUCUUCUCCAGACUGUAGAAUCGAGCGCUCUAGAAACUGCCUUGAAAUCCCCAGAGCAAAAAAUCCAGAAAAUUCACAACAGUACUGUGGCUAUUGAAACUCUAGUUGUUACAGACAAUUGCUCUGAAGAAGGAAAGGUCUUCAGCUUGAACACCUACAUGAACUCAGUGGACAUCCGUUGCAAUGACAUCGUGCAGGAAAACGUGAAAGGUCCCACCGCAAUUGCCUUUAUUUCAUACUCUUCUCUUGGAAACAUCAUAAACGCAACGUUCUUUGAAGAGGCAAAUGGCAAAGACCGAGUUUACCUGAACUCUCAGGUAGUGAGUGCCGCUAUUGGACCCGAAAGGAAUACAUCUCUCCCCAAGUCUGUGAUUCUGACUUUUCAGCACGUGAAGAUGAAGCCCAGCAGUGAAAAGGCCAUCUGCGUCUACUGGAAAAGCAUGAACGAGGGCGGCCAGUGGUCCAGCGACGGCUGUUUCCUGAUACAAGCGAACAAAAGUCACACCAUAUGCAACUCCACCCACCUGUCCAGUUUUGCUGUCCUCGUGGCCCUAACCAACCAGGAGGAGGAUCCCGUGCUGGUUGUCAUCACCUACGUGGGGCUGGGCCUCUCUCUGCUGUGCCUCCUCCUGGCAGCCCUCACCUUCCUCCUGUGCAAAGCCAUCCAGAACACCAGCACCUCGCUCCACCUGCAGCUCUCGAUCUGCCUCUUCCUGGCCCACCUGCUCUUCCUCACGGCCAUCGACCAGACCAAGAUCAAGCUGCUGUGCGCCAUCAUCGCGGGGGCCUUACACUAUCUCUACCUGGCCUCCUUCACCUGGAUGCUCUUGGACGGUCUACACCUCUUCCUCACGGCACGCAACCUGACGGUGGUCAACUACACCAGUGUGAGUAGGUUCAUGAAGUGGCUCAUGUUCCCUGUGGGCUAUGGAGUCCCGGCUCUAAUCGUGGCCAUUUCUGCUGCAUCCAGACCUUCCCUUUAUGGAACACCCACCAGAUGCUGGCUCCACACAGACAAAGGAUUUGUAUGGACCUUCCUGGGCCCCGUCUGCACCAUCUUCUCCAUUAAUCUGGCCUUCUUUCUGAUGACCUUCUGGAUUGUGAAAAACAAGCUCUCCUCCCUCAACAGAGAUGUGUCCACCCUCCAGAACACCAGGAUGCUGACAUUCAAAGCGACGGCUCAGCUCCUCAUCCUGGGCUGCACGUGGUGUCUGGGCAUCCUGCAGGUGGGGCCAGCUGCCCGCAUCAUGGCUUACCUCUUCACCAUCAUCAACAGCCUGCAGGGAGCGUUCAUCUUCCUGGUGUACUGCCUCCUCAGCCAGCAGGUCCGAAAAUGGUUCAGAGAGAUCAUGAAAUCUAAACCUGAGUCUGAGACUUACACACUUUCCACCAGGUUUGGCGCAAACUCAAGACCCAGUGAGGUGGAGAGUCCCAAGAUAAGCUGAAGAACACUCCAGGCUGAAGAUCAGACACCGUCCAUCCCAGGAAGAGUCUGGCCCACAGGGGUCCAUGGACCUCCUGGGAUAGGCCCGCAUCACUCCCGUGUGUGUGUGUGUGUGUGUGUGUGUGAUCCCUCUGGCCCCCAAGAACUCCAAGAGGAGCCCUGCUCCUGAAUCUAGGAGGAAGCAGAGACCGGGGAGCAAGGAGGUGUCUCUGCUUACCUGCCUGGUGUGCACAUGCACCUCUUGGGGCGAAGAAUCCGCCUCCUCCCAUCGCUUGGGAAACUGCCCCUGCUUAGAGUUCUCAACCCCCCGGGGCUGAGCCCCAAGAAGAAAUGACAACACUGAGAGAUCCUGGCAGCUGCAAAGAGGAUGGUCCGGUGUAACUGACGCCCACCCAACAGACCUGCUGGAGUAGACAGACAACUUAACAAGAGACUAAUUCCAGUAAGAACUGAACACAAUCAAAUAAGAAUGUAUGGAGAUUCGAGUACAGAACCAAAAUGCUCUUUGGAAUUAAAUAAAAAUGGGAUAGGGGUGCCUGGGUGGCUCAGUCGGUUAAGCGGCCAACUUCAGCUCAGGUCAUGAUCUCGCGGUCCGUGAGUUCAAGCCCCGCGUCGGGCUCUGUGCUGACGGCUCAGAGCCUGAAGCCUGUUUCAGAUUCUGUGUCUCCCUCUCUCUGACCCUCCCCCAUUCAUGCUCUGUCUCUCUCUGUCUCAAAAAUAAAUAAACGUUAAAAAAAAAUUUUAAUAAAAAUGGGAUAAACAAGAGACUUUUCUGGAUCAACAAGAGAAGAGUACGGUCACUGUCAAGAGCCAAAUUAGGGGCUUAGAAGAACACGUGGAAGAAAUAUCUCAAAGCACAGAUCAAAAUGCCAAUUGAUGAAAAUUGCAAAGGAGAAGAAUUAGCCUGAGAUGCCCAGGAGAUCUGACAUGGGAAUGAUAGGGGGGUUUGGAAGAGUAGGGGGGAGGCAUUCAGGUCCAUUCGAUGUAAUUUAAAAAAAAAUCCUCUCUGCUGCAUUAACUUCUCUCUCUCUCCCUCCACCCAACAUUCUAGAAAAGUUGUUUACGCUCUGUUAUCCCCACUUCCUGCCGCCCCCUCACUGUUCAACCACUGCAGUCUGAUUUCUGCCUCCAACACACCCAGGAACAGCUCAAUGUCCCAAAUGCUUCCUCUGUGCUAAGGAUGGAGACUUCCCAGUCUUUUCUAACUUGACCUUCGGGUCACCCUUAAUUGCACGGGUCUUCUUUUCUUUUUCUUUUUCAUAAUCAAGUAUCUCAAUUUUGUCCAGCUUUAUUGAGGUAUAAUUAACACAUAAAAAUUGUCCAUGAUGGUUUGAUCUACGUAAAGUGUCCAUGAUGGUUUGAUCUACGUAAAGUGUUCAUGAUGUUUGACCUACGUAAAUUGUCCAUGAUGGUUUGAUCUACGUAAAGUGUCCAUGAUGGUUUGAUCUACGCAAAUUUUCCAUGAUGGUUUGAUCUACAUAUGCAUUGUCCCCUUUGCUUCUUAAGCUCUGUCUUCUUGGCUUCUCUGGCACGAUCGUCCUAUAAGAGUGGUCAACUCAUCCCAGUUUGCCCAGUACUUUCCCUGCUUUAGCACUGAGCAUCCCACAUCCCAGAAACCCCUCCAGCCCAGGCAAGCCAGAACCACGCCACAGGCUUGUCUUCUCCUGUCCCAGAGUGUCUUGAUUUGGAUUCCCCCAAGAGCAAACUCUGAGACAAGGAUUCGAGCAUAAGUACUUUAUUUUGGAGGUGAUCCCAGGAAACACCAGCAGCAAUGUGAAGACGGGAGUCAGAGAAAGAAAGGCAGCCAGUCCAAGCUGUGUUCAAAGAUGUGUUAUCGAGUCUCUGUAAAUAAACUUAAAGUUUUUUUAAUUAAAACAAAAAUAAGUGUGUCCAUAAGCAUUAUUUUCUUCCUCAGCUCUAGGUAAUAAUAACUCCAUCUUUCCUGUUCCUUUAGUUGAAAAUUUUGGAGUAAUUCUUUACUCUUCUCUUUCUCUCACACCCCACAUUCACUCCAGCAGCAAAUCCCAUUAGUUUUCUCUUCAGAAUAGAUUAAUUUUC